AUGCCCGCCAUCGAUACCCAACUCAUCACGAGGGAGUUGCCGCAGCUCGUCGUCCGCGAGAUGAGCCACAUGAGCGUCAUAAUGAGCAGGGAGGUGACACAUCAGGCAUUAGAAACGCUGGCCGUCGUCCUUACCGUAAUAUUCGGCGUUGGGGGAUCGAUGUAUUACAUGAUGAAGCAUUAG